GUUCCAACAAAUCAAUUUGAAGAUGGUGACCGCAAUCCCAAAGCCUAUCAAGGACAUUUGGGACGAAUGGAGCAUUCGAAGUACCUUAAUCUUCAGUCUCAGCCUUCAAACAUUUCUCAUUUUCUUUGCACCUCAAAGAAAACGCUCAUCCAGAAAAGUUCUACUCUCUCUCAUUUGGUCAGCUUACCUUCUUGCUGAUUGGUCGGCCAAUUUCGCCGCCGGACAAAUCUCAGAUAGUCAAGGAGACGAUCCAGAACCCGGAGACCCGAAAAAGAGCGCCGAAUUGUUUGCUUUCUGGGUUCCUUUCUUGCUCUUGCAUCUCGGUGGUCCAGAUACAAUCACUGCCCUUGCCCUUGAAGAUAACGAGCUAUGGCUCAGGCACUUGUUGGGUCUUUUCUUUCAAUCCGUUGCAACCGUUUACGUGCUUUUGCAAUCGCUACCCAAUGCUCUUUGGAAAGCCACUUUGCUGGUGUUUGCGACCGGAGUGAUCAAGUAUGUCGAGAGGACAUUAGCUUUGUACCUGGCGAGUCUUGACAAGUUCAAGGAUUCCAUGAUUCAGCGGCCUGAUCCUGGACCAAACUAUGCGAAGCUCAUGGAAGAAUACGCAGCCAAGAAAGAUAUGAAGAUGCCUACACAGAUUAUCAAGAUUGGAGAGCCUGAGAAAGAUCCAAAAGCCAGUGCUCAGGUUAGGCCUAAGGACCUGACUCCACUCAAUAUUCUCCAGUACGCCUAUAAGUACUUCAAUAUCUUCAAAGGUCUUGUGGUUGACCUCAUCUUUACAUUUCAACAACGAGCUGAGAGCAAGAGAUUCUUUGACUCGCUGAGAGCAGAUGAAGCUCUAAGAAUCUUAGAGGUUGAGCUCAACUUUAUCUACGCAGCUCUAUACACGAAAGCCGAGAUCUUGCAUAACUGGAUAGGAUUCAUCUUCAGGUUCAUUGCCCUGGGAUGUCUUACAGCAGCUCUACGCAUCUUUCAAUACAAGAGCAAGGCAGAUUAUAGUGGAUUUGAUGUUGGCCUUACUUACGCAUUGCUGUUAGGAGGAAUAGCUCUGGAUUCCAUCGCCCUUAUCAUGUUCUGUGCAUCUGAUUGGACGUUUGUCAGAUUGAGGAAGAUGAAGGACGAGGUGGACGAUCCAGAAACCUGGUCCGACGACAUUCUUAACUGGAUUCUUAACAACAUUCUCGGGGUCAGGGAGUUGAAGACGGAGAAAUAUGAUGAAUGCUACAAGAAGGCUCUGUCUCAUAAAGUGCCAGGCACGAGUACCAAGAAAACACCGUUUCUUAAGUGGAUUCUCUGGGUCAGGAAGUUGAAGACAGAGAAGUCUCAUGAAGUUGAUGAAGUGCCCAACAAGAGUACCAGCAAAACACCAGGUCAUGAAGUGCCCGACGAGAGUGCCAAGACAAUACCAUGUCAUAAAGUGCUCGACACGAGUUUCAUGUAUCGCAGGUGGUCUGAGUAUGUACAUGCACACAACCUGAUCGAAUACUGCUUAUGUUUAAAACCGAAGCGAAUCCACCAUACCAAGGGUUUGAUACACAUCGCCUUUGACAAGCUUAUCAACAUCCUUUACAUUGGCCCCGCAUUCACAAAAUUUGUAAGUGUUAUUGAAUCCUGUUUUAGAGCCACAAAACAGACAAUUCAUCAGACUUUCAAGUGGAUUGACGGUAAAAUAAGUCGCUUGUGCAAGAAAUACCCGAAGUGGAAUGAAGAGUACAUUAGGUUUAGCUUCAUCUGCAUAUUUUUCUUUCCUAGUCUACCUGGACGCGGGAUAAAAAGAUUUAUGGAGUUCUUUGGCAUCCGAGCUCAGCUAGAUGAGGUGAUCUACACAUCCAGUGAUCGUCUCACCCUGGAUAUGUGGGAACACAUAUUCGAACAGGUUAAAGCCAAAUCCCGUUUUGCUGACGACUCUGAAAGCGCCAUGAGGGUAUCUUCAGCUAGAGGUGACUGGACUCUGCGCGACAUACAAGGUGACCCAGAAACAGAAAAAAAACGUGAUAAACUUCUACGCUAUGUGAUGGAAAUGGAUUAUGAUCAGAGCCUUCUUGUAUGGCAUAUUGCCACUGAGCUCUUAUACCAGACAGAAGACGGCACUGAAGCGAAUCAUAGCAACCGUGAGUACAGUAAAAUUCUCUCAGACUACAUGAUGUACCUCCUAAUGAUGCAACCCACUCUGAUGUCAGCUGUUGUGGGUAUUGGAAAGAUAAGAUUCAGAGACACAUGCGAGGAGGCUCAGAGGUUCUUCGAUAGGAGGCAUAUCAUGGGGAUAUCCGCAAAGAAGGCCCCUGAUGCAAAGGAAGCCAGCGACGCAAUUUUAUCUGUGGCGGUUCCAGCAAAAGCUGAGCCCAUUGACGUGAAAGGAGAUAGAAGCAAAUCCGUCCUGUUUGAUGGGGCCAUGCUGGCGAAAGAGCUUAAGGGUUUAAGCAAGAACAAGGAGAACAACACAGAGAUGUGGGAAAUAGUGAGCAAAGUGUGGGUUGAGUUGCUUUCUUAUGCAGCGACAAAGUGUGGCGCUAUAGAACACGCAGCUCAGCUAAGCAAAGGAGGAGAACUCAUAAGCUUUGUUUGGCUAUUGAUGGCUCAUUUUGGACUAGGAGACCAAUUCCAAAUCAACCAAGGAGAUGCCAGAGCCAAACUGAUUAUAGGCAAGUGAUCAUCAUCGAAUAAGCAACGAAAGUAGCGCAACAUUAGUUUCCCUCAUUUGCUUCCACUGUGUUUUUUGUUUCAAAGAGUUAUGUCUUGAACUGUUUGCAGCUAUCAUACCAUUGCCAGUAAAACUAUCUGUUCUUGAAUCAUCUGCAUUGUUGUAACUUAUGUCCUUCUUCUGUCACUGAUACAUUCAUUUAUGUGAGCUUGAUUGAUUCCACUGAUACUCUAUACAACCAACAAAAGACAAGGAUCUGU